AUGGAGGUUGCUGAGAGGCUCGGGUUAGAAAAGGCUUCUGAGCCGGGAGGCAGCUUGGAGAGGAGUGCAGAGGCGUUGAGAGGGAUGCUGGUGGGCGGACUGGCCCGGUUGCGGUGUUCGGAUGUGUUUGAAAUGGUGAACGCAUCGGGGUACAAGCUUGUCCUCGUUACAAGUAAGUUUGUGCUUGUUACAGAUGUUGAGUAUUUCACAUCAGCAGCCUUUGGCCCACCGGGAUUCAGCAUGCAUCAGCAACACCAGCUUCAGCAGAACCAGCGACAACACGUGAUGAUGGUGACGGUAUUGGAUGGCCGAAAGAACCGUCUGGAUAGGUGCCCCGUGACCGAGUUUUCAGACGGGGCGUUUUGCGCUCCUGAGGUGGCGGAGGUCAAAGAGCUGGUGCGAAGAGGGUCACUGCCUCCCUUCUUCAUGGAUAAGUUGGAGGGGCAGGACAAGUUGGAGGAGCAGGUGCGCCAGAUAAGGCAUAUUUUCUUUGAAACGUUCUCCUUGACCAUCUCUCUGCACCACACCCUACCCCCUCUACGCAUCUAUGUUCUCUCUUUCCGUUCUCUCGAUUCUCCCGUUUCUUCUCUGUUUUCUUUCCUUCUCCUUUCUCUCUUCUUUUAUCUCUUUCCCCUUUCUCUUCUUUUCUCUCUGCCUUCUUCUCUUCUUUCUCUCUUCCCCUUCCCUAUUCUUUUCUAUCUUCCCCCUUCCCUAUUCUUUUCUAUCUUCCCGCUUCCCUAUUCUUUUCUAUCUUCCCCCUUCCUUAUUCGUUUCUAUCUUCCCCCUUCCCUAUUCUUUUCUAUCUUCCCCCUUCCCUAUUCUUUUCUAUCUUCCCCCUUCCCUAUUCUUUUCUAUCUUCCCCCUUCCCUAUUCUUUUCUAUCUUCCCCCUUCCCUAUUCUUUUCUAUCUUCCCCGUUCCCUAUUCUUUUCUAUCUUCCCCCUUCCCUAUUCUUUUCUAUCUUCCCCCUUCCCUAUUCUUUUCUAUCUUCCCGCUUCCCUAUUCUUUUCUAUCUUCCCCCUUCCCUAUUCUUUUCUAUCUUCCCCCUUCCCUAUUCUUUCUAUCUUCCACCUUCCCUAUUCUUUUCUAUCUUCCCCCUUCUCUUCUUUUCUCUCUUCCCCCUUCCCUAUUCUUUUCUCACUUCUCCCUUCGCUAUUCUUUUCUAUCUUCCACCCACCACAUUCGUGGAGUCCCAUCGACUCCUCAUGGACAUUCGGAGCCCAGAAUACCGCCUCACCUUUCUCAACCGCCCUGUACUCCUUGAUGCUGAGGCUGACGGCUCCUCUGCCCUAGACACCCGCCCCUCGCACCCCUCUCUUACCCCGACCACCCAUCCACCUCCCACCCAACCGCUUCCCACCCAACUGCCUCACACCCAACGUCCUCACACCCCCAGCCGCCUCCCACCCCAACCGCCUCACAACCCAGCCGCCUCACUCACAACCUCCUCCCACCCAACCGCCUCACACCCAACUUCCUCCUUCUUCCGCCCAUGCCCCCUCCUCCCAACCCCCCUAUUCACAACCCCCUUCCUCCCAACCCCCCUCCGCCCAUCCCCCUUCCUACAUCCCGCCUGCAAGUCUUCACCCAAAUAUCUCUCCUCCCCACAUCCCCCCUCCCCAAAUGCCUCCUCCGCAAAUGCCCCCACCCCACAUACGCCCUCCCCACCCAUGCCCUCCUCUCAACCCACUCCCUCCCAAACUCCACCCCACCACCCAUCCCUCUCCCUACCCCUCCCAUCCCUCCCCAUCCUCCACCCAUCCCUCUCCCUACCCCUCCAUCCCUCCCCAUCCUCCACCCAUCCCUCUCCCUACCCCUCCCAUCCCUCCCCAUCCUCCACCCAUCCCUCUUCCUACCCCGCCCAUCCUUCCCCAUCCUCCGCCCAUCCUCACCCCUCCUCCGCCCAUCCGUCCCCCACCUCCGCCCAUCCAUCCCCUUUCCCUCCGAACGCGCAUAGUGCCCUGACCGCUCCCAACUUCAUACCUCUCUCUAGCUGCCACUCACCUUUUGAGACGUCUCAAAAUACUUUCGAGGAAUCUAAAACAGUGGUCGCUCCUCCGACUCCAUACCUCUCUCCACCUGCGAGUCACCGGAAAACCAACCCCUUCCUCCAGGCGUCGCUCCCUCGGUAG